UUGUUUCAAAACAUAGCGAUUCAUGAUCCAUAUCGUCAAUCUAGACUGGGAAUCGGUCAGGACCAAAACAGUUCUUGGAAGGUGACAUUGCAAACUCAGAGUAGAACUAACGUGACAGCAAAGUCUCAACAAAGUGGUACUGAGUUACCUAAACCACGGGUUCUCUUGGCUGCAAGUGGAUGUGCAGUUGCAAUCCAAUUUUUAAUUCUUUGUCACUCUUUUUGUGAUUGGGCUGAAGUCAGGGCCGUGACUACCAAGCAUGCUAUGCGCUUCAUUGACAGAGCACGGAUUCCUAGUCAUGUAGCUCUCUAUACAGAUGACGAGGAAUGGAAAGAGUGGAAUAAGCUAGGGGACAAAGUGUGUCACAUUGAGCUUCGCCAGUGGGCAGAUGCUAUGGUUAUUGCUCCAUUGUCGGCCAACACACUUGGCAAGAUCGCGAUGGGGCUCUGUGAUAACUUGCUGACUAGUGUGGUGAGUGGAUGGGACUACAACAAGAAGCCUCUCUUUGUGGCUCCCGCCAUGAACAGCCUAAUGUGGGGCAAUCGUUUCACUGCAUGCCAUAUUGACUCGAUAACCAUGCUCGGAAUCAAGGUUAUCAAGCCUGUUUCAAACAGUUUUAUGAUGGCGGAACCUUGCAACAUCAGUAAUGAGGUGUUUCUUACCCUUAAUACUAAAGUUGACAAUGUCGAUGGUUAGUCUUCAUUUCACUUUUGAGACGUACUUCUAUGUGCUCUUUAUCAUUGUAACAAUUUUGGCUACUUGAUGCUUCUUUCUCUCUACCAUCGUAACAAUUUUGCUACUUUGAUGCUCUCUCUGAAUUGCUGGUCUCAUUUUCACUUUCUGAACUUCAUUGUGCUGUUUAGAAAUGUUACAUUCUUUUGUUUA